AGACGACCACCGGAUGUCCACCGCCGGAGUUGAAGAUCUCGCGGUCCCGCAAGCAGUACGCAACGACCGAGCCACCGUUCGUGACGUUCGAGACGACGCAGAUCUAUCUGCCGCAGGACUUUACGACCGCCGAUUUCGAGCUCGUGGAAGCCGGACGGGCCGGCUCGCACGCGGGCCUCUCCGGCGACAGUGUCGGCGACACGACGGGCGGCUCCUCCGCCGCGCUCCGUGCCCCGCACUCCGACACCUCCUUCUGGUGGGAGCUGGGUGUCCAGAAUGCGGAACUUCGCGAAUCGCUGGCCGCUGCCUCGUUCCCGUCCGCUGCGCUCCGUAGCCGGCGUGCCACCCGGCCGCGCCAUCGCCGCCGGCGCCGCUCGUCGUCGUCCUACGCCCCGUCCCAGCACGAUCUGCACCAGAUGCUCAACCUGGAGGAGCUGACACCCGCCAUCGUCAUCGACAACAUCUUCAACGAGAACGACAGCGAUCACAGUGUGUUCGACAAUCUGUUCCUGAACAAUGGCCCCCCGGAGGAGGAUGGUGACGAGGAGGACGGGCGAGACGGACCCGGGGACGGGACGGAUGGGGGCCGGUACGUGGACAAGAACGAGAUCGAGGGCGAGGAAGAGAUUAUCGUCGAGAUGGGCGACAACGGGAGCAUCAUCAGGCGGCGCGUCAAGCGAAAGUCGGGCAAGACGACGGGCGCCCUGAGCCGGGCCAAGGCGGGCAGCGGCAGCGACGGGGGCAGCAAGAGCAUCGCCCGCCAUCACAAGCAAGAUCACACGUAUGACGCGGAUGCUCCGGAAGCGGUCGAGUUUGCCGGCGAGUUCGCGUUGUCGCACGGCGGUGACGGCCACCAUCAGCCGGCGGGUGUCCUGGGCCGGGUCCGGGUGAAGCGCAAAUCCGGAAAAGCGACCGGGGCGCUCAGCCGACCGAAGGGCGGCAGCGACAGUGGCAGUAAGAGUAUUAGUCGCAAUGCCAACAAAGGCCAGUACGACGAGGACGGUAGCUACGUGCCACCGCUGCCGGACUCGGGCGAACACCCGGACCGGGAGGACAAGGAGAGCGAGGAGGUCGAAGAGAGUCCCGAGUUGCACCAGUUCCGCGAGGUGUCGGAGGUGCGGUUCCCGGGCGAGGUGGGACCGCUCGGGGGGCACCGGCUGUGCAAGAUCCAGUGCAUCCGGGGCCACUGGGUCGGACCACUGUGCGCGAUGAACGAGCACGAGCAGGACGAGCACGGCCAGCUCAAGUUCGAGCCCCUCUACAAGCGGUGCGUCGUUGACCACAUUCCGCCCCAUCUGCUGCUGAGCUACAAGAACGUCUCGGUGACGCUCGGCUGGGAUCUACCGCACGGACACACGCUGCAAGCCCGCUGCCGGGACCUCGGCCUCUACAAGCUGCUGGGCGAGGCGAAGGUCCUCUGCUCCAACGGGCUGUGGGCCCCGAAGAUGCCGUCCUGCGUGCCGACCACGCUGCUCACUAAUUACUCCGACGACAGCCCACCGUCGAUCCGCAUCAAGGUAGGCGUCGGCUCGGCCGCCUACGAGCCGUCGGGUGUGUUGGCCGUGCUGCCGACUAGCACCAUCCACCUCGACUGCAUGUACCCGCGGCGCCGGGGUUCUCCCGAGUGGACCUGGACCGGAUGGUUCCGCCAGUAUCUAACGGGCUGGUCCGCGGUACCGGAAGAGAAGGCAUCCCGCUAUCGGCUCACGAUUAAGGACAUCCAGAAUCAGGACUCGGGCACGUACACGUGCGCUUCGCCCCGCGGACUCACGAACAGCAUCGUAAUCAUCGUGGCAGUGUCCCAGUGUGCCGCCCUGACGGAACCAAACCCGCCACUGUCGCUCCGGCUCGAGGGCAUCAAGCUGGGCCAGCGCGCCCUCUAUCGGUGCCCGCUCGGCUACAGUCUGCAGGGUACGGCCAACGCAACCUGCCUCGCUUCCGGAAACUGGUCGUCGCCGACGCCCAACUGCCACCCGAUCCAGUGCCCGCCCCUGUUCCUGGAGGAUCCGCAUCUGAGUCUGGUCGAGCUGAACACGUCCGCCUGGGGCCGGGCGGUGUUCCGCUGUGCCUGGGGCUACCGGCUGAGCGGACCGCCCGGUCUGGAAUGUGAACCCAACGGCCACUGGAGCGGUCCGAUACCGCGCUGCCGUGCCAUUCAAUGUCCACAGCCACUGGUUCCAAUAAACGGCAGAAUCGACGGCACCAGUGGCCUGACGACGUUCGGUCAGCGACGCUAUGCGGUCGGGGCACUGGUAACGUUCAGCUGCACCGAGGGUCAUCUUCUCGUCGGCGAGGCGUCAAUUGUCUGCACCGAAACCGGAUUCUGGUCACACCCGCCCCCGUUCUGUAAAGCACAGUGUCCGUACCCGGGCGAUCCACCGAACGGACUGAUUGCACCGCUGAAGUUCCACUACGACCCGGGAGACUACCUGACCGUGCAGUGCCGGCCCGGGUUCGUCGAGCACGGCGCUAACGGUGGCCCCCCGGAGCGUCCCCGCUGCACGCCCGAAGGAGACUGGUCCGGUCCGGUGCCGCAGUGCCGAAGCUACGAAGAAAUCUAA